AUGAUCGCAACUGGUGGAGUGAUAACUGGCCUGGCUGCCUUGAAAAGGCAAGACUCUGCCAGAUCGCAGCAUCAUGUCAACCUCAGCCCAUCGCCUGCUGCCCAGGAGAAGAAACCAGUCAGACGUCGACCUCGGGCCGAUGUUGUGGUUGUUCGAGGCAAAAUCCGACUUUAUUCCCCGUCUGGUUUUUUCCUCAUUUUAGGAGUCCUUAUUUCCAUUGUGGGAAUUGCAAUGGCAGUCCUUGGAUAUUGGCCUCAAAAAGAACAUUUUAUCGAUGCUGAGACGACAUUGUCAACAAACGAAACUCAGGUCAUCCGGAACCAAGGCGGUGUGGUGGUUCACUUCUUUGAGCAGCAUUUGCAUUCUGAUAAAAUGAAAAUGCUUGGCCCUUUCACAAUGGGGAUUGGCAUUUUCAUUUUCAUUUGUGCUAACGCCAUUCUUCAUGAGAACCGUGACAAAGAAACCAAAAUCAUACACAUGAGGGAUAUCUAUUCCACAGUCAUCGACAUCCACACGCUAAGAAUCAAAGAGCAAAAGCAUAUGAAUGGCAUCUACACUGGUUUAAUGGGAGAAACAGAAGUAAAACAGAAUGGGAACUCCUGUGCCUCAAGACUGGCAGCAAAUACCAUUGCUUCUUUUUCAGGUUUUAGGAGCAGUUUUCGGAUGGACAGCUCUGUCGAGGAGGAUGAGCUUGUGAUAAAUGAAAGUAAGAGUUUUGGGCAUCUUGUGCCACCUUUGCUCUCUGACAGCUCUGCCUCUGUUUGUGGCCUCUAUCCACCUCCUUCCAGGACAACUGAUGAUAAGACCAGUGGUCCUAAGAAAUGUGAAACCAAGUCAAUUGUGUCAUCGUCCAUCAGUGCUUUUACAUUGCCUGUGAUCAAGCUUAAUAACUGCGUUAUUGAUGAACCCAGUAUAGAUAACAUCACUGAGGAUGCCGAUAACCUCAAAAGUAGGUCGAGGAAUUUGUCGAUGGACUCCCUUAUGGUCCCUUUGCCCAAUACCAGUCAGCCCUUCCAGCCAGUCAGUAUGAUGCUCCCAAGGAAUAACUCCGUUGGGGAGUCAUUGUCAAGUCAGUACAAGUCCUCUGUGGCCCUUGGACCUGGGGCUGGACAGCUCUUGUCUCCUGGGGCUGCUAGAAGACAGUUUGGGUCCAACACGUCCUUGCAUUUGCUCUCGUCACACUCAAAAUCCUUAGACUUAGAGCGGGGUCACUCUACCUUAACGGUCCAGGCAGAACAACGAAAACAUCCAAGUUGGCCUCGGUUGGAUCGAAGCAACAGCAAAGGUUACAUGAAAUUAGAGAACAAAGAGGACCCAGUGGAGAGGCUGCUUGUUCCCCAAGCUGCAGUCAAGAAAGACUUUACCAAUAAGGAGAAGCUUCUUAUGAUUUCAAGAUCUCACAAUAAUUUGAGUUUUGAACAUGAUGAGUUUUUGAGUAACAACUUGAAGCGGGGAACUUCUGAAACAAGAUUUUAA